AUGGAGUUCAAAUUUCGCGCUGUCGACAUCGUCAAACCAACAGCAACUUCGCAUUCUCCUUCUCCAGUCGCAUAUCUCCUCGAUCGAUCACUUCAAGUGGAAGGUGGUUUUUCUGGUUUCCGAUCACCAUUAACCGGAGAGGAGGCACUGCGGCGAGAACUUGAGAAGGAGCAAAUCCGUCGAGAAAUAUUGCGGCGGAUGGAGUUGGAGGAAGAAGUGAGGAGGGAACUUGCAAUUGAGAGAGAAUUGGGGAUUUCAAUACCAAGACCGCUGAAUAUUCAUGGACUAGUGUCGCAGUGGUCAAAUUCAGUUGCUGUUGGCCAUAUCGGUGCGUCGCAACCACAGUUGAUUUUGCCUCCUACGGAAAUCAAACCUUCUCCAGAGAUCAGUAACGAGGACAAAGUUAUAGUCUUGACUAGGCCAGAUCCUGAACUCUAUAAUGCAAAGCGAAAAGCAACAACAUUGACUGAGAUUGAGCCUUCUGCAUUUGGUUUGAAGAAAAAACUGGAGGAGGAGUGGAGUUGUGCACUGUGUGAGAUUAAAGCCACAAGUAAGAGUGGUUUGAAUGCUCAUCUGAAUGGUAAGAAGCACAAGAUCAAGGAAGCUAGACAAAAUAGGAAGAUUUGCAUGAAUAACAAAAAAGGUGAAAACUUUGUGAAUGUAAAAACUACUGAAACAGUGAAUACAAUGAUGGUUCAUAAGAACGCUAAUGAAUCUAAAAAUGAGGUUCAACUUAUGGAAACAGUGGAUGAUAAUGAUGUGAGUGGGAAAAUAUUAAAAAAUGAGAAGAAGCAUCUGGAAAUAGUGGUUUAUAAAAAUGGGGAGCAGGAUACGGAGAAAAGCCAAAGUUUGGAAAGUAUUAAGAACACUAAGAAAGCAGGAAAGAUAAAUGUAACAUUUAGUCAAAACAAUUCUAGUCCUCCGUCCACAUAUUCUGUAUCAUAA